UACCGAUUCCUCCUUCCGCCUUCCUCCUCGCCUCCUCCUUCUCCCCUCCAUCUUCACCCCCCUCUUCCCGGCUCGAGGCGCAGCUGAAGGAAUCCGAGGGAGGCCUCGAGGCUCUUCCAGCUCGCGCUCAGAAGGUCAGGGAGUGGAGAGGGAGGCACGUCAUCAACUACCUGUCGUUCUACCUGACAUAAGCCGGUACACUACCAGACGGGACUGCCGGAGCCUCGGUGGAAACGACGAAUGGGUUCAGCCUAGCGCAGGACUCUUAAAGCCAAGCCUCCUACCCUUCCCAAAUAGAUCCCGUGGGCAGGAUGGACAGCCCCAGAGAUGGGUCCGAAGCCUUCCUAAACUGAUCCUCGGGGGCCUCGGAUACCGCGAGUGACUCCAGCCACGACAGCGUUGAAUGGGGUUUCGUUCCCUCACUAAGGCCCUCACAAUGGACUGAGAAAUCUCCGGCCAAUUUGGCGCUCCAUCGGCGACCCAGCUGGAUGUCCGUCUGCCCUCUGUGCUCUGGCCAAAGGCCAGAAUGGGUUCGCGUGGGUCAGGAGCCCCCGUCCUCGAUCCAGAUACAACCACCUGACUCCCCUUUGGGAAGCAAAGACGCAGAACCCUUCUUACCAACAAGGCACACCAUGGACCAGGACGACCCCCGGGGCCACCGACAAUCUUACAACCGCUACCGUGCCGGCGCGGGGAUCCCUUUCCUAAAGAGGGCGUUUGCGCAAAACCAGGAACUGCUGGCAGCCUCCGCGGGCAACCUGGAGUGGCUGCAUCACAGCCUGAAGCACCGAAAGGGCAUCCGCUCUGACUGCAGGGGCUUCACAGCCCUCCACCUGGCAGCUGAACGUGGCCACCUGGACUGCGUGAUAGCGCUGGUGGAUCGAUACAAGUUCCCGCUGUCGAUGACCACGACCAAGGGCUGGACUCCCCUUCACCUGGCCAUUAACAAGGAAAAACCAGCCGUGUCCCUUAAGUGUAUUCAGUUCCUUCUCGAGAAGGGAGCUCCAGUCAAUGUCCAGAAUCAAAAUGGCGUUACCCCUCUGCACCUGGCAGCCUGGGAGGGCAUGCUGGACUGCAUAAAGGUCCUGGUGAAAGCUGGGGCUGAUGUACAUGCCCUCGACAGACAGAACCGGAAAAGCAUUGACUUAUGCAGGGCGUGGAACCACCGAGAAUGUGCCCGGUUCUUGAAGGAUGCUAUGUGGAAACAGGACAAGAAAGACUUGGCUGAAGAGAUGGGCCAACUGAGCCAGCUUAAAAAGCGAUUGCUGGUCAUGCAGAAUAAAUACCUCCUUGAAAAGAAGGUAGCAAGAGGCAGGAAGAUGGCAGGAAAGGACCGUCAAAUACUCAGCUGGCGAGCUUCUUUGGGAAGGGGACCUGUGGAAGGGCUGGAGGAGGGAGGUCUCAGAGGACCCAGCUCGCUGAAUUCCUUUGCCUUCAGACCUGGGGCUCUGAGUUUCUAUCCUUCCUUGGUCAUGCAAACCCAACUUCAGCCCUUGACAUUUUGGAAAGAGAAGGAGGCCCAGAACCAAGUCGCCUUCACCCAAUGGCUCCAAACUAAGCCUCUGCCCAGAUUGGCCAAGAUUAAGAUCCUGGAGCCCGCCGGGGUUACCAAGGAAUCCGCCCCGGUUACGAAGAAAUCCGCCCAGGUUACGGAACAAUCAGCCUCGGUUACUAAGAAAUCUGUCCCGGUUUCGAAGGAGCCUCCUCGGGUUACGAAGGAGGCCGCCCACAUGAAGAAGUACCCCCAGGUCACAAAGCCGCAGCCCCCGCGGAGGCCUCACCCGCCGUGCAAGCGGCCCCCCGUUUUGAUUCUCCCGGCCCGCCAAAGAUUACGCCCCUUGAAGAGAACCCAGCCCUCGAACACCGGCGGCCCCUUAACCGUCCUUCCCUCUUUAAGCCCUCGCAUUCCGAAUCACCAGUCCCGGCCCAGCUCCGGGCCCGCCUCCAGCCCCCGGUCCCCUCGUUCCAGCUCCCAUUCCUCUCAUGGCCCCUCGCCCCCUCUGACUGCCCGCUCACGGGGCUCCACCCUGCUCAAGUGGGCUGACGGAGUGUCCAGCGCCACGAUCUUCCGCCGGUCCCCCAGCCUCCCGCUAAGCCUCCAAUACUCCCCGAGGUCUCACCACCGCCACUCUUAUACGCUUCUACACACGCCCACACCACAGCGGACACUCUCCGAGUCUCAGCUACGGAACGGUCAGAAGCGCAGGGCUUCUACGUCCCCGGCCCCCAGCCCGCCGAUGCGGCCGCUGGCUCUCCUGCACGUCCACUCGGCGGACACCCCCCUAACCCCUCCCCCGGCCCGGCCGUCCUCGUCCUUCCGCUGGACUGCCACAUGGAACUCGAGCACCAAGGCCGAGGCACGACCGGUCACCCAGAUCGCCUUCCCGCAGGUCGUGCGCCUGGGUGUGCACCCGGACACGACCCCGGAGCCCGACUUGUGCAACUUCCUUAAGUUCUACCCCAACGGCGAGGGCGGGGCGCAUAUCCAAACUGCCGACGGCCAGUGGAUCUUCCCAGUGCCCCGCCUGCCCUUCAAGGUCCUGCUCCGAGAGCUGUGCCCGAGCCGGCGUGCCCAGCGCCUUAGGGUGCCGGAGGGGCUGAGGCGCAUCACAGUCCAGGAUCUGCCCCGGAGGCGCUACCCCGGGGAUCAGCGCUUCUGGACAGAUUCCAUGGCCAUGAGCCUCCGGGACACCUUCGACCCAGCCUUCAUCUCCUUGGUGCGAAAGCACCAGGGGCUUCCUCCCCUCUCCCCCACCUCCUCGCCCUCCUCCUCCCUCACCUCUUCAGUUGCUCUCAGACAGUGUUGGGCCUUCCUCUUCUAUUCCUUUAAUAACCCCCCCUUAUAA